GGAAGCAGUAUUGUCAAUGGUUUAAAUCCUUUGGCUGAUCCAUUAGCCCUAUUUAUUGUUCAACUCUUACUUAUUGUAAUCCUUUCAAAGCUCCUAGCAUGGGUACUAUCAUAUCUAUAUCAACCACCUGUCAUAUCCGAAGUCAUCACAGGAAUUAUAUUAGGACCAUCUGUUCUCGGUAACUCCCUGGCCUUUAAGAACAAUGUAUUCCCGGCGUCAAGUCUUACAACACUUAACGUCAUUGCCAACAUUGGUUUGAUCCUCUUCAUGUUCAUGAUCGGCCUCGAGGUUGACCCCAAGCUCCUAAAGAACAACGCCAAGAUGUCCAUCAUCAUCUCACUGUCGUCCAUUAUCCUGCCAUUUGCCAUGGGUGUUGGUUUAGCCGCUGUUCUUUGGAACCAACUAGGUGCCACCAGUCCAGACAUAUCAUUUGGUCUGUUCUGUGUCUUUGUUGGUGUGGCCAUCUCCAUCACUGCCUUUCCUGUGCUUGCCAGAAUCCUCACUGAGCGUGGUCUUAUGCAGUCAAAGGUUGGUGCCACCUCACUUGCUGCAGCAUCUGUAGACGAUGUCAUUGCCUGGAUCCUGCUGGCCUUUGUAGUUUCGUUUGCCAACAACAUCAAGAACACGGGUCCACAAGGUAUCGCAGACAAGUUGGGUGCCCUCUGGACAUUCAUCCUUUUGAUUGGCUACUUUGUCUUUAUGAUGUUCCCUGUCCGUUUGACCUUGAUCUACAUCUACCGCCGCUUUGUCAAGAAUGAGGCCCAGAAGCACAACUUUGUAGUAUUCCUGCUCAUGUUGAUGUUCAUGUCAGCCUUCUACACCGAGGUGAUUGGAGUGCACGCUAUCUUUGGAGCGUUCGUCCUGGGUGUUGUCACACCAAGAAUCGACGCACUGCAUCUGACCAUCGUAGAGAGAAUUCAAGACGUCGUCACCAUUAUCCUGUUGCCAUUGUACUUUACCAACUCUGGUCUCAAGACAUCUCUUAGCUCCAUCAACUCUGGUGUCGCUGGUGGCUGUACCAUCCUGAUCAUCGUCGUUGCCUGCAUUGGAAAGAUUGGAGGUGCCACCUUUGCCGCAAGAUACUGCAACAAUACAUGGAGAGAGUCAAUCACAGUCGGAUUCCUGAUGAACACCAAGGGUCUGGUCGAGCUCAUUGUGCUCAACAUUGGUCUUCAGAUUGGAGUGUUGAACCAACAGACAUUCACCAUGUUUGUAGUGAUGGCCCUCGUCACCACCUUUAUGACCACGCCAGUCGUCAACUUUAUCUACACACGAUGGGUCGAGAAACAGAGCCGCAUGCCUAUGAUCCCAAGACAGAGUGGAAAGUUCGACAUGCUCCUCUACCCAUCCAACCCACGUCAAGGUCAAGCCAUGACCAUGGUUGCAGGCUCAAUCGUCUCUGUCACAAAGCCAAAGAAGUACAAGGUUCGCUCCGUGUACGCCACCGAGUCAUCCGGUGACCGUCCAUCGACCUACUUCUUCCACAACGUCUCCUCUUUGCCACCCUUGCAACGCGAGGUCUACCAAUCUGUUCAGUCACAGUCAGCCAUCGUGGGAGUGAGUGUCAAGCCAGUGGUCAUGAGCUCAACAGACAUCUCCACAGACAUUUGUCACAUUGCCAAGAACGCGUGGCCAGACCUUGUGCUCAUGGGCUACACACCAGAGAAUGCCGAUCUCACCGUGUCAAUGAACCUCCGUGGUGACAGCUUCUACGGUAGAACCAUCCAGAAGGUGCUACAGAACGUCCGCUCUGCCAUUGGUGUCGUUGUGGACAAGGGACUGGAUCGCUUCAACAAGAACCACCACAUUCUAUUCUCCUACACUGGCGCUGCCUACGAGACUGACGCCAUCACUGUUCUCUUCAAGAUGGCCAGAAGAAACAACAUUAACGUGACCAUCAUCACCAACCACAUCGAUGAGGUGCGCAACAAGAUUAAGGAGUCCAAGAAGCUGGACAUGGAGAGAUUCCUUCUCAUCCAGAGUGAGGAUCCACACAGAGAGAUCGUAGAGAGAUCGACCAAGGAGGAGCUUGAGUACUGGCUUGUCAUUGUCGGAGUUGCCCGCGAGGAUGCCUUCAGACAAGAGAAGCUGAUCAACACGUCCACCUUCUCACUGCUGUUGGUUCAUCCAGCCAACAGUCUGUUGGAGCAGGGUGGAUUGCCAAUGGAGAGGAGCAUCUCCACAAUCAAUGUACCUGACAUAUCAGACGUUCAAAAGGAUCAUGCCAUUGAGCUUCCAGAUUAUAACAAGUCCAAC